AUGUUUUAUAGUCACGAAGUAUUAACCUCGCGCAAAUAUGGCGUUGCAACCGUCUGGCUCGUUGCUACACUAGGCUCUAAAUCAAACUUGAAGCGCAUCAAUCGCAAGCAGAUUCUCGGCGUCGAUGUCUCCAAAGCAUGCCAAACCAUCGUGGAUCCAAUCGCGCCAAUGGCUCUGCGACUCCAGGGAAAUCUGUUGUACGGUGUGUCCCGUGUAUACUUGCAGCAGUGCGGCUACGUAUUGUCCGAUGCGCAGACCGCGAACACCGAAAUAAAAUUCUUGUUGAGAACCAUCAAGGAUGACGCGCUUGACCCUGAGGCCGGAAAGGCGAGACCCGAGCAGCUUCUUCUCCCAGAAGAUCCAUCCUUUCUACCCGAGUAUGCACUGCAGCCACUGGACCUCUUCGCAGAUCUCAACUUCAACUUCGACUCUCAUCACAUCCGGCACUCUGGCGACUCACAGUCUCUGACCCCGUUCGGGACGCAACGAUCUCAGUCUUCCUCUCAAGGGGAUGCAAUUGGCGGCCUUGUUUUUCCCAGUUCGUCUCCAAGCCAGCAUGCCGAAUUCCAAUUCGAAGGCGACAAUGUUCCAGGAAGCAUCGGUAGGCCAAGUACCAUAUUCGGUGCCGGUGAAGCUCCGGACUUGGAUGAGCCAGACUUCACAUUUGGCGAUGAUGGUAAUAUAAUCCAGCUUGGAGACAAUGAUAUCGUGCCCAGAACGCCGGGGAUUUCUAUGAUGCAGAGCGAUGCAGGCGCGAGCGCGAGGCUGAGGAGAGAGCACGAAGAGGGACGGCAGACAGGCUUACAGAUCCCCCGAGAUGACAUGGAACUUGACCUACCCAAUUACGGCGAUGAAUUACCGGACUCUGGUUCCUUCUCUUCCACUGCCCAUGGACGGUCCAACAAGCUUCCCGAAGUAAUAGAGUCAACAUCAUCCACCGUAACUGCUUCCUUGCGUCGGAAGCCUCGAGCUGCACGUGUCAUACCCAUGGAUCGAACAAUCGAAUUACGCAAUGCAGAUCUGGCAGACUGGAACAUCAAUUACCUGCAGAAUAUGCGGAAUGCAGCAAAACCAAAGGCCAAAUUGGCCGCUACUGCAAGAGCGAAGAAGAAUGCAGAACACUAUGUCUGGGGCAGUGGUCUUGGAGGUAUUGGCCAGGAUGUCUCGGGCGCGUACGGCUCAAAUCCUUUCGAGAUGUUCAUUGGAGACAAACUUUUUGAGCUGAUCACGGGCAAGAGCCGCCAAAAGGGGAAGUCCCCGAAGCACAGUCGUGACAGUGGAAUCGACGAUGUGACCCAGGAUGAAUCACGACGUGUCCGACAAAAGACUGGAGAAUUCGAUGAUGAUAUUUCGCGUGGAGGUAAUGAUGAAGGUGUCUUCGAGCUUGGGGACGCCGACGUCGAUGUCGAAUUGCCGCGUGAAGCUGUGACUGCUCUUGACGACGAGCAGAUCUUCUCUGCUAUGCCCUGGAACAGUGCUUCAAUCCGCGGCUCUUCUGCCGUUCCUAGAAGUGGACUAGGUUCUCAUGAUCAAUCUAAGCGUGGCACGCGUGUGGUGUCGGCAUCUCCUCUUCUUGGCCGUGGUCGGGCUAGCGAACUCGAUACAUUGAGGACCUUGGAGAGCGACGGUGACUAUGGCCUUGAGGGCAAUGAGUUUGCCCCUCUUGAACCCAGUUCAGACUAUCCAGAGCUCGCUGUUCCGGUUGUGACCAAUACCCGCGUUCGGGAUGCUCUGUCUGCAGAGGGUACCAAUUUCCUCACGUUUGUCAUUGAUGCGAUUACCGAGAAGCGCGGCCUCGUGCAAGCGGCGAUGGAGAACAUGUCUGGCAUACUGCAAGCCACUACGGCAGCUGAGAUCGACGAGAUUACUUUUGAAGAGCUGCUGCCACCGCAUGAAAAUUCGAAGCUGGUAGCGUGUCAAGCGCUGAUGAUGGUGCUCAGUCUCGGAAGCAAGGGCAUGCUCAACGUUCAGCAGCCAUACUAUUUUGGCCAGAUCAAUCUUCAACCUACCCCGCAAGCUCGUGCUUCUCAGAUCAUCGAGAUCAGCGACCGCAAGGAAUCGGAUAAGGAGUCUAACGAUGGCUCGUUUCAGAGUCAGAGUGCUCUAUCACCCGUGCAUGGGCACGAUGUUACGAACGAAAAUGACGGACACUUCCAGGACCAGCUAGCGGUAGGCCCUGCUAUGCCUCAGGACGACGACUAUGAUGAACUAUACGACGACUGA